UAGAUAGAGGAAAGAUUGUUUGGGUACAGAUAGAUACCAGCAUGUCGUAUGCACCACGCCAGCAGCAUGGAGCUGCAGAUUCUUAUUACCAGCAGCAACAGUACUACCAACCUCCUCCACCUGGCCAUGAGUACCACCAGAACGGUUUUAUGAAUGACGGCGGACAACUUCCCUAUAACCCAUCUCCCGCGCAAUUCAGCCAAGCACCCCCUCUGUACGGCAAAUCGGCAGAGAUUAGCUCGGAAGAGAAGCUGGAUUUUGAUAAUACGUUCAAGGUCGAGAAGCCGACGUGGAAUGAUAUCUGGGCCAGCGUGGUGUUCGCGCUGGUCUGCGUGGGUUUCUUGACCGUGAGCGGAUUUGCGCUUUCGGGGUAUAGUGCUACUACGAAGGGACAGCAGGGAGGGAUACAUGACAAGCAUGCUACGUUGGCGUUGAAUGCUAAUACUAUUGCUCUAUUUGCGUUAGUUGUCAUCAUCGCCUUCCUGAUCUCCUUGAUUUACUUUCUCAUGGUCCGUCAUCUCACGAAACAAGUCAUUUAUAUAACCGCAGUUCUCCAAAUCCUCAUGGGUAUCGUGACGGCGAUUGUGUAUUUCGCGCGGCACUAUUAUCCUGCCGCGGUGGUGUUCGUGAUCUUCACCCUCCUUAACAUAUUCUGUUUCUUCUCGUGGCGCAAACGUAUCCCCUUCUCCGUCCUGAUGUUGCAGACCGUCAUCGACGUCUCUAGAAACUACGGACAUGUGUUCGUUGUUUCUUUUCUGGGCGGGCUUCUAGCGACUGCGUUCUCGGCCUAUUUUUGCGUCACGUUGGUGGGCAUCUAUGCGAAAUAUCAUCCGGGGGCACCGGGAUGUAGUGCGGAUGGUGGGAGUUGCAGCGUUGCGAAGGUCGUGGGGUUGAUUGUGUUUAUCACUUUCGCAGCGUUUUGGAUCACCGAGGUGAUCAAGAAUGUUAUCCAUGUUACGAUCUCGGGCGUCUAUGGGAGCUGGUACUUCUGCUCCCGAAAGGCGGGCGGGUUCCCCAAGGGGGCUACGAGAGGGGCUUUCAAACGCGCCUCGACCUACUCCUUCGGUUCGAUCUCCUUUGGCUCUCUCGUCGUGGCUAUUAUCCAAUUCUUGAGACAGAUUUGCUCGCUGGUGCAAGCGGAAGAGCAAGCUGAGGGCGAUAUCGUGGGCAUUAUAUUGAGUUGUUUCUUGGGCUGUUUUAUCAACUUCCUGGAUUGGCUGGUGGAGUUCAUUAAUGAGUAUGCUUUCUCCUAUAUCGCGUUGUAUGGGAAAGCAUAUCUCCCAGCUGCCAAGGAUACAUGGCGCAUGCUCCGCUCUCGCGGCAUCGACGCGCUCGUCAAUGAUUGUCUGGUCAACCCCGUCCUAACUAUGGGAUCCAUGUUCGUAGCCUAUGUCUGCGCCUUCAUCGCCUACCUGUACAUCGAGAUCACGAAACCCUCGUACAAUGACAAAGGUGGUUACACGCCCGUCGUCAUGGUCGUCGCUUUCCUCCUCGGUCUGCAGAUCUGUAAUAUCUUUAUGGUGCCGAUCAAGAGUGGGCUGUCGACGUUCUUCGUGGCGAUGGCGUUUGACCCGGAGGUGCUCGAGCGGGACUUUCCGGAAUUGUAUGAGAAGAUGGUGAACCUUUUUCCAAAGGUUCAGGAGUGUGUAAAGCCGGGCGUAUAGAUGCCUUGUCCUGCACCCCUUUCUUGGGAUUCAUAUGCAGAGGGUGGUGGUAAUAAGACAGAAUGGAACGAAGACCAAAAUUGCUGUUCGGGGGUUGUCAUGAUUGCAUAGGAAGGGUCGUUCAAGGAUGGGAGUUUCGAAUAGCAUUCAGGAUAUCA